CUCAUUGAAAAAAAUCCGUCAACAAUAUUUUAUUAGGUUUGUUUAUUUCUCUCUCUUUAUACGUGUUUUUUGCGUGUUAAAAAUUUCAAUGUAUCCACCAUCGAUUUCUUGUACAUUAAAAUUAACCACAAUGGUCAAUGGCGGUAGUCUUGGUGGACCAAAUGUUCAACGACAAUUACGUUUACAAGUGUUGAAUCUAUAUAAAACGCUUCUUUAUUAUGGCCGAGAUUAUCCAUUAGGUUAUAAAUAUUUUCGUGAUCGUUGUCAUAAAUCAUUUGUUAAGAAUCGUGAUGAAACCGAUCCACAACAGAUACAGAAACAUAUUUCACGUGGUGAAUUCAUUAUUAAAGAAUUAGAAGCAUUAUAUCGUUUAAGAAAAUAUCGUUAUUUAAAACAACGUUAUUAUCCAGAAAAAUUGGAUGACGAUGAUAAUGAUUUGGCCAAUAAAAUUGAUCCGAAAUUAAUAUUGAAAAAAUUUGAAGCCAAAACAACAACAACAACAACAAAUCAACAACAAACAUCAGUAGUAAUGGAUUCUAUGAAAGAAGAGAUUAAACAAUAAAAUGAAAAAUGAAAAAAAUUCAAAUGACUGAAUGAAUUAAUGAAUGAACGAAUGGAUGGAUGGAUGGAUGGAUGGAUGGUUUACACGGAAUAUAUUCAUCAUCAUCAUCAUCAUCAUCAUUCGAUACUCAAAAACAUGUGAUACACAGAUUCAUUUGACUUUUUGCUGCUGCUGCUACUGUUUUUUUUCCUUUGUAAUGUCUGUUAUUACAAAUGUGUCUACUAAUCAGUCAAACACACACACACACACACAUAAACAACACAUUCAUAUCUCAGCAAUUAUUUUCCAUUUUUUUUUUAUUUCCAUCAUUCAAUAAACACAAUCGGAUAAUUCAUCUGAUGAUAUAUCAUGUAAAUUCAUUGCUCAGUUAUUUUACAGUUUGUAGGUUGUUUUUUUUUACUUUUUCAAUUUGAGAAUUUGUUCAAACAAAACCAAAUUGAAUGGUUUUUUUUUGAUGUGUAGAGACCUUGUGGCCUUUCAUUUUUUUUUCAUGUGAGUAAAAAAUCAUCCACAUUUGUGAUUUUAAGGGUGGGGUGAAAAAAAUAAAUUUCAGAUUUUUU